UAGUCGUCUGACAAAAACUUCCAAGAAAAGCUUUUUCUUGGAUGUCUCAAUUUUUAGCUAAUGUUCAUCAGUUUUUAGCUAAUGUUCAUCAGUUUUUGGUCCAAUUGUUAUUGUGGAAUCCAGACUCAGAUUCUGUAAUGGGUUGAUGCCAUCCUUUGUUUUCUGCCCAAAUUUCAAAGUUUUUCUAGGCAUCCUCAAUUUUUAGCAGUGUUUUGUUUAUUUGUGACUGUUUGUUUGCAACAUAAAUGAAUUGGCAGAUAUUUCUGACUUUUGCAUCUGGUUCUUUGCAUCUAACUUACUCAAGGAAAUUGCCUGACAAAAAAAAAAACUUACUGAAAGAAAGCAAUAAUGAAGCGGUGCCCAACUAUCCUCGCAAAGAAGAAGAGAGAGAUUAAUGUGGAAGAGGAUAAGAUAAGUGAACUGCCAGAUGAAGUCCUCGUUUCCAUUCUGUCUCGCUUAACAAUGAGAGAAGCAGCAAGGACUAGUGUUGUUGCCCGCCGAUGGCUCAAAGUCUGGACUUUUUGCCCCUCCUUGAAUUUUGCUGCUUCAGAGACUUUUCUCUCUAGUUAUAGAGAAGCAAGAAGAGUUUACGAGGAGGAAAAGCAGGAGUAUGUUAAUUGGGUAAAUUGUGUGUUGGAGGCAUAUCAAGGAUCCAUCAUAGACGAUUUUCAUAUUCAUUUUGACUUGGAUCCAAAGUACAAAUAUGAUAUUGAUAGAUGGGUUAACUUUGUAAUCCAAAAGGGUGUUAAACGGCUAGUGAUAGACUUGGGGGUUUAUUAUAAUGGUGGACGUUCAAAACAUGUUUACCAUUUUCCUCUGUCAUGUAACAACAUUGCUCUCCAGAGGACUCUGCAUUUGCUAAGAGUUCUCAAGCUAAAGUAUGUGGAUGUAAGUGGAGUUGUUAUUGAAUAUUUCAUAUCCGCUUGCCCCUGCCUCGAAAAAUUGACUAUCAGAGGUUCAGGUUCCAAUGAUCUUGUCCAUCUAAAUGUUGCUGGUGGUCAGUCGCUUUGCUUGAAGAAAGUUAAGAUAUUUGGGUGCUCACAUUUGAGAAGCAUACGUCUGUCCGCAACAAAUCUUUUAUCUUUCAAGUAUCACGGUCCAAUAAUUGACAUCUCGUAUGAAAAUGUCCCCAAUCUUGUCGAAGUACUUAUUGGAGGGUGGUUAACUGAGAUGGCCAUCUCCUACUUUCCUCAGCUUUCAAAUUAUUUGUUUCGACUAGAGACACUUACAGUAGAUGUGCCGCAUCUCGAGGAAGAUGAUAUGGAAGAUAGGGAACCGCUGGAGUUUCCUGUGUUGAGAAAGCUCAAAAACUUGAAAUUGAGAGUUUAUGCAAGUCAUGAGCAAAGUCUUCUUGUUUUUGCUUCCUUGAUAAAGGCAGCUCCUUCCUUGGAUAGACUUGUGGUACAGUUAACUAAUCUUUGGGGUACUAUUAAAAGGAUGAGGGCACAAGAAGUCCCAAAGUCUCCACUCCGAUGCCUCAAAGUAGCUGAACUUUUUGGGUUUUCAGGGCGCACUGUUGAAAUGGAACUUGCCACAUAUUUGGUCAAGAAUGCGGUUAUGCUAGAAAAGGUUAUCAUUGAUCCUAUCCCUUAUCGUAGUAUUGAAUGGCACUUCCAGAACGAUGACGAGAGAUUGAAGAGGAUACAAGCUAGUAGGAAGUGUGCAAUGCUGCUCAGAUCUAAUUUCUCUCUGGGAAAUAAAUUAGUGUUCCGCGAUUUUUGAGUGAAAUUUAGCUAGGUAUUUAUAAUAUUUGAGUUCAGUUUAGCCAUUUAUCUUAUCAUUUUGAGUGACAAUUGGUACUUUAGGAUAUUUAUUUUUCUAUAUUUGUGUAAGUGCUCGUGCAGGCAUAUUAAUGUAUUGUCAGGGUUGUCUUUAAUGCAGUGCUAUGAUUAUUGCA